ACGGGACCUGGCAACCCACUAGGAAAACACUACGCGCCUUGGCAGGGCCCAAGCCGUAGGUAUGGUGUGGACGAUUAACUUCUGCACAGUGUGAAAAACAGAAUAAGAAAAUACAAAAUGCCUGUAACACACGGCAGACGGAGCUCUCCAGUCAUCAGACAUGACAAGUUAAUGGACCCAUUAUUCACAUUUCCUGGAGAUGACAGAGGCAUCGUAUUGUCCACUUUUUCUCAGGAUGGACUUCCUUCACCAGCUCCGUCAUACAGCUCUGUGAGAAACAGCCAGCCAGUGGAUCGACUUAAUGCGCUGAGCGGAGCACAAGGUUUUACACUAUCAGAUAUGCACAGAGUGCUGUCUCGGUGUACGUCUGUGAAUAGUGAUUGGUCAAUGGACAGAGCAGUCAGCCCUCGGAUUUUCUCACCCCGUAUUAUCUCUCCAGCUCCAACAUGCACAUCUGGCCAGUCAGAGGACAAUGCCAGUUCAUUUAAAAGCAGGAUGAAGAGGUGCAGGAUGUCAUAUCCUUGUAUGUCAUCGAAUAGUUAUCAGUUAUCAGUUAUGGACAACCAAUGCCGGACAAAGAUGGAAACAGCAUCACCAGCUCCGACGUGUUCUUCUUUCACAUCUGACCUGUCUACGCCUGAACACAUUAAACGCAGGAGGAGACCGGGACAGAUACCGUCCCCCUGCCUGUCUUUUAGAAGUGAUCAGUCUAUGGGAGAACCCAUCAGAUUCAACAAAGGAAACUUCUCUCCAUACAUGAGCUACACUGGACCUGGAGUUAUGGCCUGUGAUAUCUGCCCUGGGAGGAAGAUGAGAGCGGUGAAGUGGUGCCUGACCUGCAGCGUAGCUUACUGUGAAGCCCACGUGAGGCAGCACUACACUGUAGAAGCGCUGCAGAGACACACACUCUCAGACGUGACGGGGGAUCUGGAGACGAGAAUCUGCCGGCUGCACCACAGAGCUCUGGAGGUCUUCUGCAAAACCGACCAGGUCUUCAUAUGUCUCGUUUGUGUGAUGGAGGGACAUAAAGAUCAUGACACUCUGCUGUGCAAAGGUGGAAGUCAUGUUGCUCAGGCAAAAAUAACAGCAGAUCUGCACCAAAUAACAUUCUACUUAAGAGAGUACAAGAUGGAGAUGAAGCAUCUCCUCAAACACAAUGAAGAGUUGACAGCAAAAGUUAAGAACCUUGAGAGAGCCGAGUUGGAGUUGUCUCACCUCACAAAGCGUUUCUGCAAAGGACUUCAGGAUUCCACGGAUUUUACCUCUGAGUUUGUCGAGGUCGCUGCACUGGGGCGCCCGUUGGACCUCGGGAUGCUGUAUGACUGCCGCAGUGAUUCCUUUAGCUCCGAUAUCAUCCUGUGGGAAAAGAGUCUAAUAUCCGCCAUGAAGCUGUCGAUCCCUCGACCCCAGACUGAUACGAAGAUUUUAGAGAAAGACACUCUACAGGACAGACUUACAGCUUUGGACCUGAGCGUUUCUCUCAGGGCUAGUGUUGUAUCAGGGCUGGUUGAGAUCUCAGGAGCUUCUGCAUUUAUUAAUCAUCCUGUUCAGUCCCAGCUGCAGGACCGAGUCACUCUGCAUUACAGAGCCUCCACCAGACUGGACAUGCUCAGUCACGAACUGCUACACAGAUUUCCGCUCUCAGUGACCGGCUCGACCACAGCCACACACGUGGUUGUAGCUGUGCUGUACGGAUCUCAGGCAUUUUUUGUCUUUGAUAACAAGAAGGAAAGAAGUGCUGAAAACACAGAUCUGAAAGAAGUAGUCAAGAAGAUGAUCGCUUCCUCCAGUCAGACAGAUUUACUCUCCAGGCUCACUGAAAAAGAAAAGACAACCUCUUCAUUAUAUGAUUGUGAUGCCUUUAUUGAUGGAGAUGUUCCGCAAAGUCCUGUGGAUAGCACACUUCAAAAUGCAGGAGCAGUUCCUCUUAAAGUCUGGCUCUACCCUCUGAAGAAUCUGGACCAAACGUCAGCUUGCGUUGUUAAAGACAUCAGUGAAGACCAACUAUGUAAAGCAGAGAAAGUUCUGGAAAAACUGAAGACGGACAUCAGCUUUUGUCAACAUCUGAUGUCCAUUGACGGUGGUCAUGAUGUAUUUACAAUGUUUCCGGUCCUAAAAGAAGCUCUGUCUGAGUUUUCUUCACUUCUGCAGCAGUACCAGUUCAAUUUUCAGAGAAGACUGGCCUCCUGUAUCAAGACCAUACGAGAGACAGGAGCAGAAGAAGAAGAGGAGAACUUGCGAGAUCUUCUGGAAAGAAACAACCUAUCGCCAUUCAGUUCACGGUGCACGCAUCAGUGGCUCCAAAACAGAAACGCUCAAGUUAGAGCUUUGAUCCAGUGCAGAUCUGCUAAGAUCAGAAUUCUGAAGGCUGAAAAUGACCUACAGCACUUUGUACAAGACUGCCAAGCAGACACAGUGUUGUGUUUCACUUUUACGUCGCUGGAGGGGGAAGAUCCGUUUCUUUCAGCUCUGAGGCAGAACACUGAAUCAGUAAACACAGUGAUCGCCACAGAGGCACAGCAAGCAUUCAGGAUUUCAGAUACAAGUCUGAAAACCCUCUCUGACCUUCAGUCAUUUAUUUUAAAUAAAGAGAACAGUGAGAGCAUGCAAGAAACCAUGUUCAUUGCCGCGUCUGUCCCUGAUUUUCAUUUUCCUGGCUCUGCUAUACAUCUUUACCAGUCUGGAAAGUUGGUAAGCCGAAAUGUAAAACUUGGUGUAAAACCGGACCCCCCAGAAAUAAUUACAGUGCAACAGACACGUGUGACGAUGAAGCUGCAGAGUUUAAAGACCCAAACUGCUGAACAUUACAGAGUGGAGUACAGAGCAGUGAAGGAAGAUAGAAGUCCUGCUGAUACGAAAUGGAGAGUCAUCUCUUACAGCGGAGAGAAUUGUGUGGUUUCGGCUCUUGCACCAGGGACACACUACCAACUCAGAUACGCUGUAAUGGAGAGUAAUGGCAUGAGCGACUACAGCAGAAUUACAGAGUUCCAGACAGCCUCAAGAGCUAGACCUGGACAACCUACAGUGCUUAAACUGAAUAAGGAAUCUCUCUACGUUGCCUGGCAGAGGGCUGAGACUGAUGAAGACUCCCUGGUGCUCUACUACAUAGUGGAGUAUUUGGAAGCUGGUCUGGAGGGUUGGCAGUCCUUUCAAACCGAUGGACCUGUGUGUGAAUGCACCAUAACUCUUCCAUACAGCACCUGUUACAGAGCCAGAGUCUCUGCUGUCUACGGACACGCAGACGUCAGCACUCCCAGUGAGGAAACAAAGGUUCCUGUUCGUGUCUGGUCCAUAGACCUCUCAAAGAGAAAGGCUUCAAUCUUCCUGGAAGUCCUGCGACUCCAAACAACAAAGAAAUCUGUAAAGCUUAGAGACUGUACAGAUGAAGAGAGUGAAGUGCAGAGCUUCCUUCAGUGUCUAUCCUAUAUAUCACAGCUGAGUGUUGAUCCACCUCAGACUCGGAGAGAAUCGCUUCACGAAUGGAGUAAUAAAGUGAUGUCGUUCCUGAUGAAUCUGUGUCUGCAAGCAGCAAUCCAUCAGAAAGAGAAAAUUCAGGAAACUGUACAGAAAUUACCUUUAUGUUAUUUCAAGACUUACCAAGAGCAGUCUGCUUUCCUACUGGACCUGUACUCACGUGUAAAGGACUACGAGACUCAAACGGGCGAGAAUAUCCGACCAGUCUUACAGGCUGUUUACCAGACACUUCCUGAAGUCUGGUGCUUAAACCUGUCAGAGAGGAAGGCUUCACUCUUCCUGGAAGUGCUGAAACUCCAGCCAGUGAAGAAAGCGGUAAAGCUGAGAGGAUGGUCAGAGGAAGAGAGUGAAAUGAGGAGCCUUCUUCAGUGUCUGCCCUACAUCUCCCAGCUCAGUUUUAUUCCACUCCAGCCUCAAAGAGGGUGCUCUCAAGAACGGAAGAAGAGGGUGAGAAGAUUUCUGCUGGACCUGUGUCUGCAAGCAGCUCUCCACCAGAAAGACAAGAUUCAGACAAUCAUUGAGAAAUGUUUCAAGACAGAUAAAGAAAUGUCCGUUUUCCUGCUGCUUCUUUACUCACACGUCAGAGACCAUGAGACUCAAACAGGCAGGAGCGUCCUUCCAGCGUUACAGGCUGUUUACAGUUCGCUCCCUAAAAUCUGGUCCAUAGAUCUCUCAGGUGAAAAGGCUUCACUCUUCCUGGAAGUGCUGAAACUCCAGCCAGUGAAGAAAGCAGUAGAGCUGAGAGGAUGGUCAGAGGAAGAGAGUGGAAUGAGGAUCCUUCUUCAGUGUCUGCCCUACAUCUCCCAGCUCAGAUUCGGUUUCGUUCUGCAUGGAAAAAGAAGGACGUUAACCACCUUGCGCUUUCUGGUGAAGCUGAUGGCUGGAGUGGCAGAGCGCAGUGCAGAAACAGGGGAGAGCUUCACUGAACAGCUGGCAUCUCUGUGCAGCUUCAGAACCUUCUGUUUUUCUGGAGAUGAUGAGGAAUUUGACAACGUUGCCCACUGUAAUAUACUUCUAGAUCUGUACUUGCAUGUGAAGGACUACGAGGCAGAAACAGGCAGGAGCGUCCUUCCAGCAUUACAGUCAGUUUACGAGUCGCUUCCUGAAGUCUGGACCAUAAACCUGUCAGACAAGAAGGCUUCACUCUUCCUGGAAGUGCUGAACCUCCAAACGGUGAAGAAAGCGGUAGAGCUGACAGGCUGGUCGAAUGAGAAGAGGAAAGUGAGAAGCUUCUUUCAGUGUCUGCCUCGUAUCUCCCAGCUCAGGAUGUGUGGUGAUGUGCUGCUGAGAAUGGCACAAGCAAAGUCACUGAGGUCUCGUGCUCCUGUGACCCUUGAUGAGCUUGUGCUCACCGAGAGCAGCGCUCAGCAACCAGAGGGGACGCCUUGUAGGAUCCUGACAAGCUUAGGCUUCCUUCUGAAACACUGGGACAUACAGUGUUUGAACCUGACUGAGUGCGAGAUGGCGGCCCCUUCACUGACAGGCUUACUGAAUCAUCAAGGACCUCUAACCAUCAGAUUCUCUGAAGAGACUCUCCAGAAGCUGGUUGCAGUUGUUUAUGAAGCUCAGGAUGAAGAUCUUACCCGCAGUUUCCUGCGAAAUGCUGGCGGAGACCUGACUUCCUGCUCUCUGAGUUGGGAUGUGAUUCACAGUUUCCUGCAGCAUCAUACUGUCACUGUAGACUUUAGAAGAAGCACCAUUAAACAGGAGAACAUGCAAGACCUUCUGCUGGUGCUGAACAAAGUUCAUCUCAGAGGGUUGAAGUCCAGCUUUGUGCUGUCCAUCAUGAGAAAGCUUUAUGAGACUUCUUCUGCACACUGCGUGUCCAGCCUGUUGAGCUCAACAAAGAACUGCAUUAACCUGGAGAACAGAAAGCUGAACUCUGUUGACUGCGCUGCGCUGCGCUUCACCCUGGAGCACUGCACAGGCGUCUGUCUCAACCUGCUGUGGACCUCCGUACCACAGGGGGAGCUAGAGAGCAUUGUGCCACUGCUCAGCCAUGUCUCCCAUCUCAGGGUUGACAGGUUGCUGUUGCUGAGAUUGCUCCACUGCUGCAAUGUUCCUGAGCUCCAACAGGAGGCAGCAGUUCUGCUCUCUGCUCUACACCACAAGCUGGACUUCUCCUGCCACGACGCUCUGGACCUCACAGCAGACACGACGACAAACGGUCUGGUUCUGAGCAGUGAGGACUGCAGAGUCAUCGCCACAGCUAUCCAGAGAGCUCACACACACAUUCAGCUCACUUUUCAGGACUGCGAGAUAGAGGAGGCAGGAGUGGAGCAGCUCUUUCCUGUUCUACACACGGUCACACUGGACUGCAGUAAAGCUCUGCUGCUUCGAUUCCUGUCCCUUGUGCGCGUGGGAACCGAGGCGGUCCACGUGGAGCGAGCAAUGGCUCUCUCCCAGGCUUUGAGACAUGAAGUGGACCUGAGUGAGACUCAGCUGAACCCGCAGGCCUGCGAGUCACUGGCACUGGUUCUGGAGUAUUCUGAAGGGCUUUCAGAACUGGACCUCAGCCACUGCCAGCUCACCGACCACGAGCUGGAGCCGCUGAUGCCACACCUACACAAAACCAGCGUCCUCGACCUCAGCCACAAUCACAUUACUGACGUCUCAGGAAGAAAGAUCUACGAUAUUAUCUCAAGGAACAGCAAUAUUCAGACUGUGUGUCUCUUCAACAACAGAAUCACAGACUCGUCACGCUUUCUCAUGGACCAGCGCUUUGAGAUUUGGUGAUGGUCACUGGAGUUUAACUGUUACUAAUAUUGUUUCAGCUGUAAAGUAGUAGGUAUAGGACAGUUUUCUGCUAAACUGCAAGCUGAUCUUGAUGAGCUCGACUCUCAGAAAGACCUUAGAGGCUAGGUUUGUGAUCCGCAUUCCAUUUGGCUGACUUGUUAAAGUGCUUUUUAGCAAGUGCUAAGUGUGAGUCCAAUUUUGGCCUCCUUGGAGUGAAAUGACAAAAACAAACCUGCAGGUUAGAAAUAUGUAUGUUUUGAUGUCAUAACAGUGAAACUAGCCAAUCAUGGGUGUCCGUGAGCUCAGGUAUGUGGAAGGAGGCGGAUGGCACUUUCCUCAGAGUGCUAAAAAGAGUGGAGUUAGUGGAUAACAUCACAGCUUUUUAAAACUGGGGGAUAUUAGUGUAUAAUACCACUUCAGUUUUUUUUUUUUUUUUUUUUUUUUUUUUUUUUUAAAAGUGUGGUGUUAGUGGAUAACACAGCAUAAAAAAAAUUGGGGGAUGUUGGUGCAUAAUAUCAGGCCGGUCCAGGGGAACUAUCAGCGCUCCGCUCACAUGCUCUGCUGACUGUUUAUUUGCACAUCAGUAUUCUGAUAUUAAUUGGAAAUUGGCAAUAUUAGUAUCGAGUCGUUUGUGUUUUUUUUGUAUGAUUGAUUUCAUGUAAACUCUAGAGAUGUAGUGUGUGAAAAUGCCAGAUGCUGUGCAGGUUUGGAAAUAAUCAAAGCAACUUCUCUCUUCAGUCACAAAAAUAAAAAUGUAUAAAAUAUAA